GAGAGAGAGAGAGAGAGAGAGACGGAGAGGAGAUGAAUAGAGGAGGCGAAGGAAGGAGCGUAGGUGUAGGAGGGGAUGGAGAAGCAGCAUUCCUGACCGCACAGUUACAGAAGGAGACGAGAAAGAAGUUAAUCUGAAAUCCAGAUGCCUUAAGGACCAACGGAGGGUCAAACUAAUCCCCACACACACACACACACACAGACACACAGACACACACACACACACACACACAGAGACAUACACACACAGAAAGCGCUCCAUCCCCUCUCCUGCUCUCUCUUACCCAGACCUCAGCACCUCAGUGGCUUUACAAGUCAGUAUAGCACAAACAGCCACAGGACUAAAACAUCAACUGGAUACUUUUUUAACGCCUGUUUUUCUUGUAAAACGUCCCACCCUGCAGUCAAAACUAAAGGACUUGUUUGGGGGUAUAUUUUGCACUUAAACUGUUCACCCCCCCACCCCCUUCUGGAGGAAUUUCCAGGUGUAUUGAUGACGUGAGUGGUCUGACAGCCAUCCAGUCAUGGCACUGUGGUGGUGUGCUAAAAUCUUCUGUGGGCUGGCUGCAGCGUGGGUUCCCCUGCUCUUCAUGUCACUGCUAUGGCAUACGAUCACCCCUAUAGGUGCCGUCCCAUCCUGCCCACGGAGCUGUAGCUGUCCUGGCGUUAAAGAGGUCCACUGUACCUUCAGGCAUCUCACCACCAUACCCAAAAGCUUUCCAAAAGACACAGAGAGGCUCAACCUGGGUUAUAACAGUCUGACAGAGGUGGAGGGGUCAGAAUUCAGGUCACUGCGCCAACUGGAAAUGCUCAUGCUGCAUGGCAAUGACAUUACCACAGUCCACCCUGGAGCAUUUUACAGCCUGAGAUCACUACAGAUCCUGAAGUUGAGUUACAACAAGCUAACAUCGGUGAACCCUGGUCUGUUUGAAGGCCUCGUUGGUUUGAUCCGCCUUCAUCUGGACCACAACCUCAUUGAUUUUAUAGAGCCAUACUCCUUCUCAGGCUUGACCUCCCUAAAACUCCUGCAGCUGGAGGGGAACCUCCUGAAAGAGAUCCACCCUCACACCUUCAUAACAGUGUCGGUACUGGGAAGCUUUUGGACCUCUGGGCUCAAACACUUACACCUGGCAGACAACCUUUUGGAGCAGCUUCCUGCCACAGCACUGAAGACAGCUCCCAGGCUUGAGCUCCUCUCUCUACAUGGUAAUCCCUGGGCCUGUGACUGUCAGCUGCACUGGUUGGUAGAAUGGAGCUCCACACAUGAAGGCAUAAUAAAGUGCAAGAAGGAACGUGGAACAAGUGAGACUUGUGCCCAGUGCUCCUCUCCUCAACCACUGAAUGGGUCCCUUUUGCUUGGAUUGACUCCAGAGAAGCUUACCUGUGAACGGCCAUCUCUUCGCUCCCCCCUCAAACAGUGGGACAAUCCUGUGUGGGCUGAAUCUGAGGCAGAGCCUGACCUUCCGUACACCCGUGAUUUUGAAAAGCCUUUAGGCCAUCUCACGUUUGUUCUUUCUGACAGCCAUGGAAACAGUGCACAUGUGGCAUGUGACGUGCGCCACCCUGGAGACAGUUCGCCUAUGACUUGGACAGUGAAUCCACUCUCACCAGGGGAGUUGUAUAUCAAUGUAUCACUGGUGACUGUCCUUGAGUGUGAAAUUGAUCGGGAGACACUGCAAAAUCUGUGGCAGCUGGUUGCGUAUUACUAUGAAAGCCCUGCUAUCUUGGACAGAGGUCAACAGAGGGGAAAUGCAAGCAGAAUAACCUAUCGAUAUGCCCAAGCUGUGAAUGAAAAUUCCCCAUAUUUCACUGAUUUAAAAGGGUAUUUGGUAGCAGAACCCUCGUGGCUGCUUCAACCCAGAGUCACUUUGAGGCUCAACAGACAGCAGACAACAACCAAAAAACUGGUAAUGGACUUUACUACCGUAAUUACCAAACACCUCAACAGUCACAGAAGGCAGGAGGAUGAGAAUGAUCCCGCCAUGUCCUGGGCUUUAAUACAUAGAGGGACAGCAGGUCGGGUUCAGACUGCUCUAGACGGUUCAAAGGUUCACUUAAAGUGUAGUGUUGUCACAUCAGAUCCAGAGGUGAAAGUGGAGUGGAUGCUUCCUGAUUUGUCCAUUGUGGAAGAUGUAACUGGUAAAAUUGAAAUCUCUGAAAAAGGAGAACUUGUGAUUUUAAAUGCCACAUUGUCUGACUCAGGCCUUUAUCAUUGUAUGGUCAGAACCAAAGCUAGUGUGGACUUUAUGCCUUUAAGGCUCACCAUAAAAAAUCGCUUGCUCAGCCCCACUGCUUUCAAUGGCCAGAAAAUUGUAGUUGAAAAGGGACACUCUUUUUCUCUCCCAUGUGAGGUGACCUCAGUCCAGCCAAGUCAAACUAUGUGGUACCUUCCCAAAAACCAAAUUCUUCUUCCCACACAACACACAAGACGAGCAGAAGUAAUGGAAAAUGGGACUUUGAUUGUAAGGAGGUUGACACAAGAGGAUACGGGGGAGUACAGCUGCUUGGCUUCAAAUCUAUAUGGAGUUGACAUGAUAUCACACAUGGUGGAAGUCACAGGUGAAAAGGCCUCUGAUAGAUCUACAGUACAGACUGAGAUGAAUCGGCAGAUCUUGCCAGUCACCUUGGAGGAAGGAGAAGGUUCGGGGGGAGAUUACCAGGAAAUUAUACGUCCUUUUGCGACGCAGUUCCCUAAGAAAGUAGAAACAGAACAAAGGAAUCCCAACAGGUUUUCAACAAGGAUAAGAAUUAAAGAUGCAAAAAGAAAGCACAAUAAAUCAGUUAAGGAAUUAGAUCCAAAUCGUUGGGCGGAGAUAUUAUCUAAAGUUAAGACCAAACCAAGUGUUGUUCUGCCCACAGAGCAGUCACUACCAGAACCAAACACAGUAACUGUCCUAACAAGUGUGUCCAAACCUACUACUACAACUGCCACUACAGUUGCUUCUAGUUUUAACAAUUUACUCCCUGCUACCACCCCUACUGAUCCUAGGAUGGACCCAACAAAUUUUCCCAUUAACACAAAAGCUAAGAUUGAGUCUUAUUCUACAGAGAAGAGAUCAAAUAAUAGAAAAGACUCUGAAACAUCUGAAAGUCUGACAAAGGUUUUACAAACUCCACCCCCCAAAAGUACAGAAUCAACCCUACAUCAUGUUGAUGGAAUAGCAGAAAAAGCAGAAGCUGUCACAGACCCCCCUGCUGUUGGUACUCCUCAGUUAGUUGAUCAGUCAGAAAAUAAGGACUCUAGGGAGGGGAGAGCGAACCCCAUUCCUGGUCAGUCAAACAGGAGAAGGCCGCCUUAUAGACGUAGAAAGCCCCCAAUGAGAAGGAUCCGCCCACAUAUACACCCUUUCUACCAUUUGUCAAACAAGCAGCAAACAACUGUCCCCCCAAAAACAACAACCAUGAUGACCACAACUACAACUACAACCACUACUACUACUACUACAACACCUGUUCCAACCACAGUAGCAAAGCACGAAACCCUAUCUUCUGAGUAUCAGACAGAGGAAGAUGAAUACAAUGAAGAAUAUAAUUACAAAGAUAGUGAUAAUCUGGAUACCGAGGAAGAUUUAAACAAUAAAACCUCUCAUACCACUAAUGAUCUCAACAGUAGCCUUACCACAUUCACAUCACCUAAAGUACAAGAUACUCAUGUAGACAGCUCUCAAGGUAGACAUAAUUUACCUAAUCCAAAGACAGUUGUCACUCCAAAGCUAGACAGUACCCCUCGUCCAACUGAAAGAGCUGUUGAAAACACUGAAGCUGUAAUCCUAAAGAAAUCUGAGAGACAGAGGGUUGAGAUUGUAACACAAACUUUGGAAGAGGGCAGAGAUAAUAAAUAUCUUGCAGGAGAGAGUGAGAGGGGUGCAAUGAAAGGUCAAGAGGAGGACAAAACAGAAACAGAAGACAGUGACCAAGACACAGAGAAAUCUAGACAGGACAACAAUAUGCGGCAAAACCUCCAAUUAACAACACAAAAUAGACCAAGACCUAACACUCGACCUUCAAUGGGAGAAAAUACAUCAACCCAAGCAAGAAAUUCGUCCUCCAAAGUUAUUACCUCAAAUCCAACAAAAGGGAUAACAAGAGAAGAAGUCACGCAGACAGACAGUAAAAAUUUAAGCAAACUAAAAGUCACGCCUGAGAUCCAUAAUUUCCCAAUAAUGGAGCCACUUCACCCCUGGCUUCAUCAGGACAAACAGAGAGGAAGGCACACUACUCCUUCAAGGACAACACACACAAACCGAGACAGAAAUACAGGAAGACAAAGCAAAGUGAACUCAGGCCGGCAUUCCCAGCCUCCCAGAUUCUCUGCGACCACCCGCUGGCCUUCACACCAUCACCAUCAUCUGUAUGUUCCUCUCAGCCCAUCUUGGCCAGAUCAAAAGUCAUUUUCUCAUCCAAGGCAUGGUCCUGGGUCACACUCUAUGCCUACACAUCCACCUUGGCCUUUGCCCCAUCCAUGGGCUCAAAACCCAGUUGUCACCAACCGACCAGAGAUCACAGCUGAAACAGUGAAGCCCACACCUACAGUUACUGGAAGAACGGGAAACUCCAGAUUUACACAACCUAAUCCCCACCUACCACAUCAUAAUCUAAAUCAUCACUUGGAUGGCAGAACGCAAACCAGAGAUCAACUAUUUCUAUCAAGGCUGAGGAACAGAUAUAGACAGGCACAGCUCGAUCGAAUCAUUCAGCUUGGGAGGAUGGCGACACCCAAACCUCGCACUAGCGUCUAUAAUCCUCCAUCCCCCAUCACACCAAAACUCAAUCCACCUCCACAGAGACCCUAUAUCCCCAAACCACCUGCACCUACUGCUUCUUACACUUACACCCUGCAACCUCCAAAGCCUGCAAAACCUUCAUCAUUGUCAUUCUCUGGUUUCACGCCAACGCCUCGUUCUUACCAUCUCACCACCCCUGGAGUCCAAAAUGAAGGUCGCUGGCCUGUUGGAGCAGGUCGAAUCAGUUCUCUGCGACCUACUGCUGCACCUCCUUUCCCAUGGAUGUUGGGAGCUGAAAGUGGCAGGGUGAAACCUCAUAUAACCACAGUAACCACAGCUAGUGUGUCAGUGGUGGCAGAAAGUGAUGUGUUCCUGCACUGCAAAGCCACAGGGAAUCCUGAACCCAGCAUUGCAUGGACCAAAGUCUCCACAGGUGCCACCAUCCCAGCCAACACCAAGCAUGGCACUCGUUUUGAAGUCUUCAAAAAUGGAACUUUUCUUAUUAAAAACAUCCAGCUUCAGGAUAGAGGCCAGUACCUCUGCACAGCCCAGAACAGGUUUGGAUCAGAUCGUAUGGCUGUAACCUUAGCUGUUCAGACUGAGGCACCCAAGAUCCAGCCGCCCAAGGCCACAGAGAUAGCAGUCUAUUUAGGGAAAAGUGUGACUAUUGACUGCUUUGCUUCAGGAAGACCACCUGCCCAAAUUUCGUGGAUUCUUCCUGACAGGACGUUUGUACGUGAUGUUGGAACUGUUCACACUCUCCUUUCUCCAAUGUCUCUGCUUCGGAAUGGAACUCUACACAUUCACUCUCCUAAUUUCUCCAGCAAAGGGGACUAUAAAUGUAUUGCAAGCAAUGCAGCAGGUGCUGAUACGAUUACUUAUCAUCUCCAUGUGGCAGCUCUGCCUCCAAGCAUCAGUGAAGAAGUAAUGGAUACUGUGAUCAUUCAGCCAGGCAGGAGUUUGUAUGUCCACUGUUCUGUGAAGGGUGAACCAGUGCCGGCUCUGAAGUGGACGCUUCCAGCAGGUGUCCAUGUUAAACCAUCACAGUUUCUUGGACGCAGGCUGUUUGUCUUCCCCAAUGGGACACUGUAUGUGAAAAAUGUUUCACCAGUUGAUGCUGGGAGAUAUGAGUGUUUAGCCACUAAUGCUGUUGGCCUUGCCAAAAGAACUGUCCUGCUGGAGGUGAAGGCAGAUUCCACUUCCUUCUCCCAUCAGCCUCCUGUUCCUCUUCCCAUCCCUCCAACUCACCACCAUGGUGUGCCAUCCCGCCAGCACUUUGUUUCAGCUAUGUAUGGUUCUGCUGUUUACCUCCACUGUCCAGAGUCUACAGCAUCCACAAGAGGGACCAUCUGGCAGCUACCCUCCAAGACCAUCAUGGAACAUCGAUACAGUCCAGAGAGACCAAUUAAAGUCUUCCGUAAUGGGACUCUGAGGAUACUUCAGCUAACUGAGCUGGAUGGAGGAAAUUAUCUGUGUUUCUUCCAGCGGCCCAAUGGGGAGGACAUGGAGCUCUUCCAGGUAGAGGUGUUAAUGACCCCUCCCAGAAUUGAACACGUGAGGACUGCACAGACAAGCGUCACUUUUGGAGAAAAUUUCCAGGUGGACUGUGUUGCGACAGGCCUCCCUGAUCCAGAAGUUUCCUGGAGUCUCCCAGAUGGAACUUUGAUCAACAAUGCUCUUCAGUCGGAUGACAGUGGCCUUCGCAAUCGCCGCUAUGUUAUUUUUGACAAUGGAACUUUACUUCUCCAGCAAAUGGGCAAAAAAGAUGAGGGUGACUACACUUGUUAUGCCAAGAACAAACUGGGCAAGGACGAAAGAAAAGUGAGCGUUAAAGUGGGAUCGAAUGCGCCCAAAAUUAGAUUAAAAUCACAAUCACUAGUGAUGGCAAAGUUAGGAGAAUCAGCAAAAUUGAGUUGUCAGGCAAUGGGUGAUCCUACACCAAAAAUCACGUGGAUCUCACCAGGAAAGAAUUUGAUAUUGAUGUCAUCUGACAAAUUUCAAAUCUUGGAUGAUGGGAUGUUAGUAGUAAAUAAAGUGAGACUGGCCGAUGAAGGGAAAUAUGCAUGUAUGGCACAAAAUUCUGCUGGUGAUGAUGUUAAAAACAUGAAACUUGAAGUUGAACCCCAGGAACCCUUUAUCAAUGGUAUAAAAGGGAAGAGCACCACAAAGAUUUUGGCUGUCUCCUACCAAACAGCACUCCUGGAUUGCAGUGUGGAAGGGAAACCCGCACCAAGAGUCUGGUGGGUUACUCCUUACGGCCACACACUCCCAAUGCCCUAUGUGGGUGGUCGCUUUCAAGUCCACCGGAAUGGGAGUUUGGAGCUGAGAGGUGUGAGGAAAACAGAUGAAGGGAGGUACAUGUGUAUGGCUAAAAACAAUCUGGGUGAGGCCUCACUUUUGGUUGAGUUAGAGGUGGCAUCAUUAGCUGAAAAACCAAGUUUUGCUGUUCCCAAUAUUGAAAUCUUACCCAUUAAGCAAGACGGUAGGCUACUAAGCCUAGAGUGCCCUGCUCGUGGAAAACCUAGGCCAGAGUUUGCAUGGGUUCUUCCCAAUGGAACAAUGUUAACACCUGGUGUUAGACUCCAACGCUUCACACAUCAUCUGGGUAAUGGAACUCUACAGAUCUCUCAGCCGCUUGCAAGUGAUAAGGGAGUGUACCGGUGUCUAGCAAAGAAUGUGGCAGGACAAGCAGAGAAGCGUUACGCACUGGAGGCAGGCAGAAAGCCAGUGAUCAGAGGAUCUACAGGUGGGGUGAAGAUCACUUAUGGCCUCAAUCUGAAUUUGCCCUGCAGCGUGGAUGGCUGGCCACAGGCAUCAAUCACAUGGACCCUGCCUAAUGGUCUUGUUUUGGACAAACCUCAAAACAUUGGUCGGGUAUCUUUUCUUGCCAAUGGAACCCUCCAACUCAGGCAGGUCGCCGCCUUUGACAAAGGAACGUACAUUUGUAAAGCCUCCAACUCUUUUGGCUCAUCAACACUAUCCUACCCAGUUGCGGUGAUGGUUUUUCCACCACGCAUCACCAGUACACUGACAUCAAUUACAAGAGUCAAUCGUGGAUCACCAGUGACGUUAAACUGUGUUGCAACUGGUAUUCCCAAGCCAGAUAUUUCAUGGACGCUGCCUGGACGCACAACACUGGUUCCACAUAACCGGUUCACAAUGCAGGGAGGGAUUUACAUGACAGAGGAGGGCAGUCUGGUCAUACAGAACCCUGUACUCAUGAACUCCGGCAUUUAUAAAUGCAAUGCUAAAAACGCACUUGGAACAGACUUUAAAUCUACUUACCUACAAGUGGUCUGAGUGACAUUUUAUUUGGAAAAUCUCAGCAGAAUUAAGACGUAAUGAGGAUUUUUUCCUAUCAGGGUUUAAUUAUACUGCAUAAUAAAAAAAAAAACUCUGGAGAGGGGCUUAACAGGGCCUGACCGUCCACCUGAGAUAACCUUGGAAAGCAGUUUCCACCGAACAAAAACGUUUCAUACAAGAACUUCAGAGUCAGCACUCACCUUUUGUGAUUUUGAGCUGCAGUAUAUUGUUUUCUGGUACAAGUGUUGCAGUCACUUCUCUUUUUCUCUGUUCAAACUUACCCCGUUGACGGUAAUUUCACAUUCCUCAUAUGACACUAUAGUUUGUAAAACUGUUCCUCACAGUGCAAUUUUAUAUUAACAUGACACUGCUCUGUAACUGAAAUUUCAGACGAAUAUUUUCAAAUCUAAUGUGUUCCCCUUAUAUGAUCACUAUUGUCUAUCUGUUGGUAGAAUUAAAAUUCAACAAUUUCAGUUGUACAUAACAAAUAUUCAAUUGCUCACAUCACAAAAAGACACUUUACCAAACACUGCAAACUUUACCGCAAAAUCUUUUAGCAAAAUUCCACAACAUUGGAGUUCAUUGAGAAAAAGUGAUGAGUAUUGGAGUUUCAUAAUUCUAACACCUGAGUGUAUCUUCAGCUAUUGUACCUGUGCUUAUAAAGUGCCAUAUUCUAUGAACUUGGAGAGCAGUAACUCUUGAAGACACAAAUACAGCCUGUUGCUGCUCUCCACUGUGUAUCAGAAAACUAAUUACUGUAUGUAUUAAUGCCAUUUAAUCAUGUUCACAAUGGUGGAAAAGUAAUAGCUCAUAACAGUCAUGUUGUGAGCUUGCAGUAGCUGUUAAGAGUUGAGGGAUGCUUACAGAAAACAAACGUGUCCUUAACAAAAAACAUGUAAGUAUAUAAUUUAUAAGUGAAAAAUAAAAUAUAAAGAUAUAUUGUUGUUUUUU